UGCAAGCAAAACGGGGAAAGUUCAUAGAGCCGAGGUGCAGGAUGUCCCGUUAAGGAGAAAACAAAAUCCUGCAGAGGAGCAGUGGCAACAAAAGUGGACGGACUGAACGACUGCAACCCAGAGCGAACGGCAUUCACAGCACAUAGCCUGUUGUUAAACUUGGAAAUAUGGGCUUUCCGACGAUAUUUAGUUUUCGUCGGAAUGUGCUCAAAGUGUUUGUGUUUCAGUUCAUCGCAUUACAAGCUGUAUAUGCUGCCCCUUCGCCUAUAAUCAGGUUUCCAGGAGACGAUACUACCCCCAAAACAGACAAAGAAGUUGCUCUGCACUAUCUGAACAAGUUUUAUGGAUGCCCACAAGACAGAUGUAACCUCAUGGUGCUUAAGGACACCUUGAAGAAAAUGCAAAAGUUCUUCUCUCUGCAAGAAACUGGAGAGAUUGAUGCCAAAACUGUGGAUAUCAUGAAAAAGCCCCGCUGUGGUGUGCCAGAUGUGGCCAACUACAACUUCUUCCACAGAAGACCAAUGUGGCAGAAGAAAGACAUUACUUACAGAAUCCUUGGAUAUACUCCUGAUCUGGAUGAGGAGGUCAUAAACGAUGCUUUCUUCAGAGCCUUCAAAGUUUGGAGUGAUGUCACCCCACUCUCAUUCACCCGCCUCAUGGAUGGAGAGGCUGACAUUAUGAUCAAUUUUGGUCGCAAUGAGCAUGGAGAUGGUUACCCCUUCGACGGCAAAGAUGGCCUCUUGGCUCAUGCCUUUGCUCCAGGCCCAGGGAUUGGGGGAGACUCCCAUUUUGAUGAUGAUGAGCAGUGGACGCUAGGAGACGGCCAAGUGGUGAAGGUGAAGUUUGGCAACGCUGAUGGAGAGUUCUGUAAAUUCCCUUUCCUGUUCAUGGGCACCGAAUACAACAGCUGUACGUCUCAGGGCCGUGAUGACGGCUUCCUGUGGUGCGCAACCUCCUACAACUUUGAUGACGAUGGCAAAUAUGGUUUCUGCCCCCAUGAAUUGUUAUUCACUCUGGGUGGAAACGGAGAUGGUGCUGCAUGUAAAUUCCCCUUCAACUUCCAAGGAGAAAUGUACGACUCAUGCACCACUUCAGGCAGAGAUGAUGGCUAUCGCUGGUGUGCCACCACUGAGGACUACGACCGCGACAAGAGCUUCGGGUUCUGCCCUGAAACUGCCAUGUCCACAGUGGGAGGAAACGCAGAGGGCAGCCCCUGUGCCUUCCCCUUCACCUUCUUGGGAGACACCUACGAUGCCUGCACCUCAUCGGGACGCAGCGACGGCAAGAUGUGGUGCGCUUCCACCAAGAGCUACGAUGAUGACCGCAAAUGGGGUUUCUGUCCUGACCAAGGCUACAGUCUGUUCUUGGUGGCUGCCCAUGAGUUUGGUCAUGCCCUUGGCUUGGAGCACUCUCAAGACCCCGGGGCACUGAUGGCCCCCAUUUACACUUACACCAAAGACUUCAGACUCUCCCAGGACGACGUUAAAGGCAUCCAGGAGCUCUACGGUGUGUCAACAGACCAGCCAUUGACUCCAACCCAGGGCCCAGUGACUCCGAUGGACAUCUGUAAAGAGCCAGUUAUCUUUGAUGCUGUAGCACAGAUCAGAGGAGAGACCUUCUUCUUUAAGGACAGGUUCCUGUUCAGGUCAGUAAACUUCAGAAGCAAACCCAACGGCCCAAUGCUAGUGGCCACCUACUGGCCAGAUCUCCCUACCAAGAUAGACGCUGUCUAUGAAAACCCAGUGGAGGAAAAGACCGUGUUCUUCUCAGGCAACGAGAUGUGGGUCUACAAAGCUGAUGAGUUGGAGAGAGGAUAUCCCAAGAGGCUCUCCAGCCUUGAGCUUCCCACCGACCUACAGCAAGUCGAUGCUGCCUUCAGCUUCAACAAGAACAGGAAGACUUACUUGUUUUCUGGGGACCAAUUCUGGAGAUUCGAUGAAGAAAAGAAGAGAAUGGACCCUGGCUUCCCCAAACUUAUUGCUGAUUCCUGGAAUGGCAUCCCAGACAGCAUAGACUCUGCCUUCAGUCUCAAUGGAAUUGAUUACAGCUACUUCUUCAAAGGUAACCACUAUUUCAAACUGGAAGACAGCAGCUUGAAGAUUGUCAAAUUGGGAGAAAUCACAAAGGACUGGCUCGGUUGUUGAGCAUUUUCAAAAUGUUUCGCAACUCGCUUUUUCCUGCAAUCACAUCUGGCCUCUUGAGGACAUUGCCAUAGUACCAAACACAACUUUUGGUUUCACCCUGGCAACUCUGCACACACCUGUGAGCGACGUGUCCCUUUCAGCCUGAAUAACUCGCCUCCAGCUUUGUAGAAAGGAACUUCGGGACUUUAUACACAGGCUAAAUAUAGGCAACUGGAUAUUUGCUAUUUUACUGUGUGAUGUCGACAUGUCAUUUGUUAGGCUGAUGCAGAUUUUUUUUUUUUUUUAAAUGUAUGCCCCAUUUUAUUGUUUGAUAGUUCUUUGAUUUGUUUUUUUAAAACUCAGACAUCAGGUAUGUCAACACUGCAUUGAACGCAGUGCUUUACUGUGCUGUGAGAUAUUGCUGUUUUAUGCACAUUUUAUUUUUAAAGGCUGUUUUAAACCACAUGAGUAAUUCACGUUGGUUUAGAAUUACUUUUUUUUGUCCAUUGUACUAAGUGCAGUUUUAUAAAUGUAUCAUUUUUGAUUAAGUAAUUUUGUGAUUGUUGUGCAAUACAUUUGAAAAAAUGAAUUUGCACAAUGCAUUUGACCGAAAAUGGUGCUUUAGAGAUUGCUUUUUGCAUAGAGUCCUAAAUAUAAUAUUUUAUAUUCAUGCCUUCUGGAUGUCAGAAAGUAGUAUUUGCAGGCACUCAUUAUUCUUCAUUUGGUUAGCACUUCAUAGAGGACUAUAGACUACAAGGGGAACGGCUCAAUAUGGAGACCACAUUAUUUUCCUGGCAGCUCCAUGUUGGAUUUCCCUUCACUUUUGGUACAGAAGGAUUUAAGGCACAGGUUGCCUCUAGAGGCUAUAUUGGUUUGCUGCAUGAUGGAGUCAUGACAAGAGUACCACAGUAGUAUUGUUUGAUAAUUCCUUUUUUUAUAUUCUGUUUUCUCUCUUGGGUUCUAACAAUGCAUUAAAUGUACUGUGUUGUUUUUAAUGCUUGAGCACUUUGUUACUGUCAUCAAUAAAGAUGGUCAAUAUAGAUUA